AAAUUCUUGAUCACUGACGUUGUUGCAUGCUGACCCAGGCUUGGCGCAAACUCGUCCACGCCUGACACCUGGGCCAUGGCAUUUUGCCGCUCUCACAAUGAGACGCCUUUGUCGCGCCAUGCAACGUAUUUGCAGAACGAGGCGGAGGCGGAGGCUGCUAUGUCUUUUCCGAUGUUCACAGUGCGGUUGGAGGAUGCGCUCCAGAUGAUCUGUGUGGAACCACAUGAAAGGCUGAAGGAAAAGGGUCUGCUGGUGGAGUUCAAGGAGAGCUUGGGUAAGGCAGUGUUCGUCUCUCACCAGUGGGCCGAGAAGCAUCAUCCAGAUCCUACUUUCGCGCAGUUCAGCGUUUUCCAAGAUGCAAUGAAGAACAUCUUGUCUGGUCGCCUUGGGUGCGUAGAAUUGAACUAUUUCACCGAGAUUGUUGCACCAGAAGCCAAGCCCCUGCGAACACAAGAGCUGCGAUCUGCAAAGCUGCUUAUUUGGUACGACUACUUUUCAUGCCCGCAAGACUCCAAGGGCUUGGAGAGCGACCUGGCCAAAGCGAUCGCGAGCAUCCCCUCGUAUGUUGCGACGUGCUCCUUCUUUUUUGCGCUUUGCCCCUUCCUGGAAGACCUUGCCACUGCAAGAGUCCUCAGCUUUUCUAGCUGGGCAGAGCGUGGUUGGUGUCGUUUGGAGAGGACCAUUUGUGAGCUUUCUGAGGGCUCUUGGAUUGUAGUCAAAGGUGUGGAUCGUUUGGAGCUCGUGGUUGGGUCCCAGUCUCUUACCAGCCCAAUAUGCGAAGGAGAGUUUGCGGUAGCCAGUGACAAGCUCAGAUUUGGACCAGUACUGUUGGCUGCCCUCAGGCGCAGAAUGCAACAAGCCUUGAGCAGACAUGAUUUCGUGACAUAUCGGGUAGUGAGAAGCCUGCAGAACGUCUAUUUGCGAGGUCUCGCUGCUGUGCCGGAGAUGGAUGAUGUGCCCGGGUUUGUCCCAAGCUCCAAUGAAGAUUCUGCCUCAACCGUAGAGCGGUUUUUGUACCAAAAUGGUUUCUGGAACCUCCGUGAAGUAGACAGUGCUGGUUUCCUGCCCCUGCACUACGCUGCUUUGGGUGGUCAGCCACAGUUGAUCAAAGCCAUGUUGGAACAGCGGGCAGAUCCCAGCAGAGAGGGCAACCUCUGCUGACAACGCCACCAGGAGUGUCAGCACUUGGGCUUGCUCUCCUGUGUGGGCACAACGAUGCUGCCAGUCUGCUGAUAGAAGCAAAGGCAAAUUAUCAUCAGCGUGGUGUGCUAGCGCCUGCCUUACAUUUGGCUGCGUCCAGCAACAAUGUGCAGGGGAUGCGUCUUCUUUUCCAAGCCGGUUGCGAUCCCAACAGCGAGUUAGACACCUUUGGUUCCCCAACAGCUUAUCCUGCCUGCGAUGGAAGUUCGUUGGCAGCCUUGGAGGAACUGGUUCAGCGAGGUGAACCUUUGUCCCUACUCCUCCACUUAUGUGCUGUAGCCAGGACAGGCUCGGCCGCACUCGCACGCCGACUUGUUGACCUUAAGGCUGACAUAGAUGAACAGUGGAAGCCAUUCAGGACCCUUUCAGGAAGACUUUUUGUGAGAGGCCAAUCUCUUCGUUAUCGAUUUGGGACAGACACAGCUCUGACACGACUUUGCUAUCACAUCAAUGGCUCAACACCUCUGAUGUUGGCGCUUCUUUCUGGCAACUUUGAGAUUGCCACGAUACUCCUUCGUGAGGGAGCUCGUUUAGAUCUCCGAAACACGCGGAGUUUCUCGGCUCUAGAUUUGGCACAUGGAGCCCCUGCUGCUCUCCAAGAGAUCUUGAGGGGCGACUCCAUCUACAACCGAAUUUGAGC